AUGGCUUCAGAUGGGGUUCCACGUCGAAAACGCAAUAAGGUUAAUUCAUUCUCUGCAUCCAAUAUUGGGAACAUAUCAUCACGAGGUUUAGGAACAGCCUCAUUGACUUCGCCUUCGCAAUUGGUUCUUGGAUGCUCGACCAGAAAGUUGGUUCGCAUACCACCAAUUAAUUCAUCUUCAAACAUUGAAGGUCGACAUUCUCCAAAGUCACCAACUCCUCAAUCCAAGCUUCCAUCGCUUGAACAGUCGCGAGAAAUAGUGAAUUAUUCAAACCGCGCACUUGGAGGUAUAUCUUCUUUACCUCCGUCUGCAAACCCACCUCUAUUUGGGGCCACUACUACACCACGUCGCGUCCUAUCAAGUAUAGCAAUGAUUGUAGCCGGUGAGCUACCAGCAGCUACACGAAGGAUCAAUCCAUCUGUUGAUGACUGGAACAAAUUUGGAGCCAACUUGCUUAGAGAAGCUUCUAGUUUACCACCAAAAAGCCCAACUGUUGCUAUUGCCGCACAAACAAUUUCGGUCUCGAAUCCAACCAAGUCCAACUUUGACACGUCUGUCAACUACUCCAUCAAAAGGGGGGAAAAGAAAGUACCAUUUGCACAAUAUCCAUCGGCGCCUGCGAGAGAAGCCUUGCCUACAACUAAUUCAGAAUUUCCUACAAACACUGAUGCAGAUAAACAACAAUGGAAAGCUGCUGUCAAAGCAAAUCACCCAACUUCCAGCCCUUUUACUCUGAGCAUUCCAGAUCGAGUACAUCGGCGCAAUACAAGCCUAGAAAACAGUGGAAUGUUGUCGAACGACAGCCAUGUUGACAUGACUUUAUCGAAUUCCGCAAACGCCUAUAAGCACAUGCUUGAAACUGUGGAGAAGGCAAACGCUGAAAGUCAAGGAAGUUCGAUACUUUUGGGUGGAUCUACUACAGUGACUGUUGGUAAAAAUCCAUUUUUUGGACCUUCUGUGACUAUGGAUAUAGAUCCAGAUUUCGAUGCUAAUUUUGCUGAGAUGAUGGCAACUUUGCAGAAUUCUAUACCUGGCGAUUCAACUUAUGCAAGGAAUACAGGUGGUCAUGAAUCUACUCAAUCAUCUUCGAUGAGUACGGAAAUGGGACAAGGUUCCCGAAAUCUAUCUCAUAAUGGAUACCAUAUGGGUUCUGAAUCUGAAAGAUCGACGCGAUCUAUGAGUAAUUCUACGACAGAGGCAAAUCUUAUGAACUCUGGAAAUCAAAGUGGCAUAAUGAAAUCUUCAAGAAUGAAUAUAACCACACAGAAUCUUUCUCCUGUAUCUCAAAUGGAUUCUGGUUUUCAACCAUCGAUACAAUAUUUGAACCAACCUACAACUCAGCAGAUUAUGAACAAUAGUGGCAACCAAGCUGAGGAAAUAUUAUCAGAAGAUCAAAAUAUGGCUGACGCUUCUCUCGGUGUUGACCUGCAAAAAGGCACACAUAGAUUUCAAUCUAGUGGUCAAGAAAAUAUAACAAACAUGAGUGGUUGUCGUAUCAGUCGAGAGUGCUAUACAUCACCUACAGAUCCUUUUCGAGUAUCGCCGCGGAAAACUGGUUCCACAAAAGGUGUGUGGUCAGCAACAGAUGUGAAUGGAUUAUCAGCACAAGGAAAUUCAUUAGCAAGUGCUGUCGAAGCUUCACCAAUAAUUCAAGCAGAUUCGGGGACAAACAUGCCUGGGUCGUCAAAUCAAGUACCCUCGGCAAACGCUGGUGGUUAUCCAAAUGCACCAUCAUUCACUAGUAGUAACCAGCGAAACAUUUCAAGUGUACCAGGUGGAUAUAACAUGUCUUUUGUGCCAAAUAUGAGGAGCGAUACUAUUGCAACUGAGGUUGGACUAGAUAUACAAGCUUUGCAAAUGCCUUCUCCUCGACCAGCUAUACGUCGGGACGGCACUCCUGUCUAUGGACACACUCCAAGCAACUCAAUUUCGAAACUUGGUCAGCUGAGCUCGCCAUCAUUAAAUUUGACCAAUCCUCCUACUCGAUUAGAUGUCGAUUCACGCAGAUCCGCUACACCUAAUCAAUUAGUCAUUAAUUCUACCCGUGCGGCAUCACCAGCAAGUACUCCAGCUAGAUCAACAAGGUCGAAUUCCGUAGUACUAGCAGCUCCUAAUAUUUCCUUCGAAGAGGUAUCCCCGCAUCCUUUGCACCCAGCAAGUUUUCAUCGCGACCCUCCUCGUAGUCAGCCAAAUACUCCUCUUCUUACAUCACCCAAUCCUCUACACCCGCCAAGUUUUCAUCAGCCUACGCCUCGUGGCGUAUGGCCGACCUCGCGUGUUCCAAUUCCUCCAAAUCCUGCCGUAUCAGGUAGUAUUCCAGGCUACUUCCAACCGGGUCAAAGUUUUAGCUCUCAGGGAGAUGUGAAUUUAAAUAUGGACAUGAGUAUGCAUAGCCAGAACCCGGCUGCUCUUCAAUCGGGCCUACAAUUUCAGUAUAAUUUUAAUGCAGGAGGUCAACAAAAUGUGCAAAUGCAGCAGAAGUAUCAUGGUCAAGUUCAAAAUAUGAUGACUCAGACAGCACUUCAAAAUCAAGCAAGUGAAUGCUCAAACCAGGAAAACACAAUGCCCGCUCCCACUCCACCAUGCUUAUCUGCAGGUCCCGGUUGGAACAAUAUGUUACGCCAGCGUCUCAAUUUAUUUGAAAACCAUCAACCUCUCACUACACGGUCCACCGGACAUCUUCGUCGCUUACAAGUUGCUAAUGGAAUUAGUACUUCACUUCAAGAUUAUGAUCUGAACAGUCCUAUGCCCUUUGAUGGAAAACCACAUGCCCCACUCUGGGAGUAUCUAGCCAUGGAGCCUCGUGUGAAGAAAGCUAUUGAUGUAGAAGGAAAGCCAUUAGCUAUUAACCUGCUGACUAUCGGAGAGAACUUUGAAUGCGACUUUUGUUCUGGCAAGCCAAAUGCAUAUGGAAUUGGUCCAUACAGCCAUGAUUUCGUUGAAAUAUGGGGUCCUGCUGGGUAUGAUUGGUGUAGGGAAUGUCAGAAAGCUGGGAAACAUAUUAUUCGUGCUGCUGUUCUUGAAAAGAUGGAUAAGAAGGAAAACGGGAGGAGGAAGAGACCAGCUAAGGAUCCAGCUGGUUCUGGUCCAUCGGCUAAAAAAUCAACUCGGUCAUCCAGCAGUAGCUCGUCAAUGAACGGAUCUCGACUAUCUGCGUCUGCUAGUUCCACUAGCUACGAUCGCUAUACACCCAUGUCUGAGGAAUCCAAUGUUUUUGGUGACCCCCAGGAAAUAUUCUCUCCAAUCGAUAAUAUCUUAAUCAAUCCCUUCAUGCACAAUCUCAUGUGUCGCGGAUGCGAUCAUCGACAAAUCGACAUGAGCAAGACGAAGAUAUGCGAAAACUGCAAGAUGAAAAAGUUGCAGAUAAUUACUCAUGGUUGUCAUGAUGAGUUUAGUCAUAUCGUUGCGUUGAAUACAGAUGGACAGUGGCAGUUGGGCUAUAGUCGCGGACUGCAAGAUCCGAGCCAGAUGAACGGAUCUGGGGAUUUGAGCACUGGGUUGAAUAUUAAUGGAUUUACUUUUGAUGUUGGUGCGGAUUUGAUGGAUGGUAGUGUUACUUUGAAUGAUAUUAACUCUAUCGUGGCUCAAUGUUUGAAGGCAAGCGGUACGAAUCCUGGUGGGAUAUCUACAGCGGUUAUGCAUCCGGAUAUGAAUUGGGGAGCAAAUCCGAGCAUGAACACAGACAUAGACUCUAUAGUCGACAACACGGAAUUUUCCUGGGACCAAUCCAGCAGGAAGACCACGUCCUCCACCACUCACCCCCUACAACCCCUCACAUCCACACCUCCAAACUCCAUACAGACCCACAACCACAGCAUCCACAUGAACGGUAAACCUCACGGACCCAUCUCCAAAUUCUGCAUGGUGUGUCCGGCACAAUCAAUUUUCCUCUGCGACGGCUGUCCAUUAACUUUAUGCGAGAGCUGCAGAUAUCGACUAAGGGAUUUGUGUAAGGGGUGGUUUAACAAUUUGAUUUAUACGAAUGGAGUGAAUCAUAAUCGGAAUGAUGCGUUUCUUCUGAGGUCGGAUGAUGGUGGGUAUCAUGAGUAUGGGAAGUUUUGGCCGGUGCCUCCGCAUGUGAGUCUUUAG